AUGAUGGGGAAAUCGGUCUGGGUCUUUGCCGCUUUGUUUCCCGCAGUUCUUGCGGCGGACAUAUAUGUUUCACCUGAUGGCUCGGACGAUGCUGCCGGUACGAUCGAUGCACCGCUCCAGUCCAUCCAGCUAGCUGUCGACCAAGCUACUGCGGGAUCUACGAUUUACUUGCGCGGCGGAACAUACACCCCGACAAGUAAUAUCCAGAUCACCAAAAGCGGCACGGCCUCGGCACCAUACGUUCUCCGCGCGUAUGAAGGAGAGUCGGUAAUUAUCGACGGCGAAGAGCUACCAGGGACCCCCGCCGACCUAGAUGCGUCGCUCGACAAUGCGGAUCGAGGUAUCCUCCAUAUCCAGGAUGCAGAAUACUGGGAGUUCUACGACCUCGAACUGAUCAACGGACCGUAUGGUGUCUAUGCGCGCGAUGCGUCGAACAAUCACUACGAGCGCAUCACUACACGGAACAACUACGAAACAGGCUUCCAGCUUCAGGGCGAGUCGUCAAACAACGUCGUCCUGUAUCUCGACUCAUAUGGGAACCGUGACCCGCGAAAGAACGGCGAGAGCGCCGAUGGAUUCGCGUGCAAGGAGGGGUCAGGCGAGGGCAACAUCCUCCGCGGUGCACGGCUGUGGAAUAACGUCGACGAUGGAUUGGACCUUUGGUAUGCCGUAAACCCAGUCCAUCCCCGUAUCUCCGCUAACACAAGCAGGGAAUUCAAAUCUGCCGUGACGAUUGAAGACACAAUCGCGUGGGGUAACGGCUUUAACCGAUGGGACUUCACCCCGUUCGAAGGCGACGGCAACGGCUUCAAACUUGGCGGCGGCGACGAUACCGAUAUCGGCCCAGCCGACCACAUUAUCACCAACUGCAUCGCCUUCUCUAACGCAAAGGACGGGUUCACCGAUAACUCGCAGCCAGGAAACUUCGUCCUCACAAGAAACACAGCAUGGGAUAAUACGGCAGUAGGCUUUAAAUUCGGUACGGCCGUCGCGACUCUGACAGGGAAUAUUGCGGCGUCAAAUGGGGAGGCUCCCACCUCAUUGAGCGAUGAGCAGAUCUCGGAUGGGAACUCGUGGGAUGGGGAUGAGGAUUGGGAUGAUGGGAGUUUUGUGAGUGUUGAUGUGUCUCUGGUGCAAGGAGAGCGUAACGCAGAUGGCACGAUCGAGCCGAGUGGAUUUUUGUUGCCGGCUGAUGGGGAGGAGAUUGGCGCGACAACGGAUUGGAGUGCUUAG